AUGGAGUUCUGUGUGGCCGGGGGCCCUGGUUACAGCCCUGGUAUGAAAGAGCCUUUGAGCAGAAGAGGGGCUGCUGCUGCUGGCUUUAGAGAAAUGAUGCCCUGGUCACAGGAUGCGUCGCUCCUGGAACCGAGGUCACAAAUAAAAUAUUUUUAGGGCGCACAUGUUGGUGUAUUUCUGAGAGCGCGUUUAAAAUAGAUGUUUCAUUCGAUGCCGAUGCUGCCUUUCACCCCGAUUCACAUUUGAGAUUUUUCAGUUAACAUUUAGGCUUGCGUGGCUACUCAAACUCCUUACUCCGGGCAAAUGCUACGCCACGCCCACAGACAUUUGUUUCUUCUCCGCAAUGAGUCUAGAUCUGAGUACCUCCCAUGACGAUUUCUAGAAUGGUAUUUGGUAUUGGUAUUUAUUAGGAUCCCCAUUAGCUGUUGCAAAAGCAGCAGCUACUCUUCCUGGGGUCCACACAGAACAUGAAAUAAUACAGAACAUUAAUAGACAAGGACAGAACUAAAAACAUUCUAACAGUUCUGAUUGGUCCCAGAAACCAAUGAGUUGGGCCAGAGUCAGAACACUCGUGAGUAAAGCAGAGGUUUGAAAAUUCGUCAUUGGCUUUGCUACUCUGAUUGGUUAGAGAUGAUCCAAUGGCGGAUUACUUUGUUUUGUUCAACACCCCUCAUUUUGACGUCACCACAAACGACGUAAACGAUGCCAGUCUCAGACUGAAGAAUAUAUAGCGAACAGAGCAGCGGAAUAAUUCAGUUUGAGCCGUCAGGCAAGAUUUAGGCUACAUUGAGUGUAGAAUUUAUUUUUUCAGAUGCAUGGAGCCAGAUACUAUCAACAAAAGCCACCGAUAAUGCUGGGGCAAUCAGUUUCUUAUUUAGAUAUACCAAAACGUAGGCAGGAUUGCAUUGCCUUAUUCUGUCGCCUGUUGGCUAUCUCUCUCAUGAGUGAUGUUGAUUGAGUAUCUGGUAAACACACAUGAGAUUUGCUACUAAGAUUAGGCCCCUCUGGGAUAAUAAAGAUUCUACUCUACCUGUUGACCGAUUGUUGGACAAAUUAUUCUAAAAGUAGGUUAGUUUUUGAACACCCUCAUCUGACUGAGAGUGUGGUUUUGAGUGGCAAGGUUGUGGGGUGGUUUCCGGGUGCCUACUUGCUACCUUUCCUGCUUUACCUGUUCACCACCACAUAUUGUCCCAUUUUAUGUCCCUGAAUGGGCCACUCCCAGGCUCCACGUCGACACACACUGCCUGCACACCUGUGGCCAGCUUCUAUUGGUCUCACCUGUAGCUACCACUUCUUCCUCCUUCACAGCAGAGCUGAUCUGUGGGAUGCUCAUUGGUUGUACAUAGACAUUCUCUUCAGGAUCUGAAAGCUAGUGUUGUUUCAGUGGUCUGAUAUAUGGAAAGAGGUUAGGCUUGAAGAAGGACGUCGUUGGCUGAACAUGUGAGCAGAGAUUAUUUACAGGCAAGCUGGAUCUGAAUGAAGCUGGUGUGUAUUGUAUACUGUUGUCUGGUGUGAAAUCUCACACAUAAUAUAUUUUUUAUGAAUGUCUAUGCUCUGAUUUGGUGUUUCACUGAUGGAAAUGAUAUUACAGUAGUCUCUUGUGAAAGACUUAACAUAAAUGUUCAAUCAAAACACCUAAUCCAUGUGGCGUCUUCAAGGAGGUAUUCAACGGUUGUGGGGUUGACAUAGUGCCGUCAGAUUCUAAAGCUGCUAUAUGUCACUCAAAAUGGCACUGUGAUAAGCAUGAUGAUUUAGAGUCAUGAGACACUGCAACACUGAUUGUCUAAAGGAUCUAGUCCUAAGUCAUAACUACAAUACUAGUGUAUGUGAAGUGAGGUGAGUGGGUGGCGAGGAGAGAGGACAUGAGGAAUCAAGGAAAUGCAAUUGCGAUUCUCCCGGUGCUGAGGAGCACAACUUCUCCCUCAAAAAUCAGACCUCUGACCCCUCCAUUCUCCUCUCUCUAACCUUUCAGGUCCCUCCCCCAUGCCUGUUUCCCCAGGCUACACCCAACUGGACCAGAAUGAUCCGUCUAUGAACCCCCUGCGCAUCUCAGUCGGAGGACUUCCCAUGUUGGCCUCCAUGACCAACACCACGGACUCCAGAUUCCGCCUAAAUUUGAGGGCCAUCGUAGCCCUGGCCCUGGCCCUGUCCCUGGCCCUGGUCCUCCUCUACAUGCACCUGAACCCAGGCUCCCACUCCCAGGCCCCCAGCUCCCGCAACUGGAAGUCCGGCCACAUGGGGAUGGCUGUGAGCGAGGUGGCCGACCGCUACAAUGACACUUACCCGCUCAGCACCCCCGAGCGGACGGCGCAGGGAACGCGCUACCGCAUAGGGGUGAUUGCCGACCUGGACACGGACUCUCGCAGCGACAAGAAGCUGACGUGGUUCAGCUACAUGCGCCAGGGCCACCUGCUGGUGUCAGAGAGCGGCAACAAGGUGGCCGUGGAAUGGGACGCGGAGAGGGUGCUGCUGGAGAGCCACCUGGGCGGAGAAGGGCCGGGGCAUGGAGCUGUCAGAGCUGGUGGUGUUCAACGGGAAGCUGUACAGCGUGGACGACCGAACGGGCGUGGUCUACCACAUCGACGGCAGCAAGGCUGUGCCCUGGGUCAUCCUCCCCGACGGGGACGGCUCCGUCUCCAAAGGUCAGUGAGGCAGAUGGGCCAAAUUAAAGUGCUGAAUCGACCCCUAACCCAUUCUUCUUAGGCACUCCUGUAGAUCUGAGAGGAUUGAAUAGGUAUAAGCUAUAUGGUAAUUGCUUCACCUUGCUUCUGAUAGGGUAGAUGGAAUUUUCACCAUAUUGCUUACACCUAUUUAAUCCUCUCAGAUCUCCAUAAGUGAAUAUGGAGUAGGGGUUAGGGGUCGAUUUGGGAUUGUGUGAGUGUCUCACUGUGUAGACCAGGCAGGCAGAUUUGGAAUUUAAUCUGCUUAGUUACUCGAAGGGGUGUGUUGAAGAACCUCAUCUGGGGUAGACCACGACCUUGGCAAUGGAAUUUGUUGGAUCGCGUUCUCAUUUGUAAACACUGAGUGUACAAAACAUUAAGAACACCUUCCUGAUAUUGAAUUGCACCCUCUUUUGCCCUCAGAACAGCCUCAAUUCAUUGGGGCAUGGACUCUACAAGUUGUCAAAAGCGUUCCACAGGGAUGCUGGCCAAUGUUGACUCCAAUGCUUCCCACAGUUGUGUCAAGUUGGCUGGAUGUCCUUUGGGUGGUGGACCAUUCUUGAUACACUCUGGAAACUGUUGAGCAUGAAAAACCCAGCAGCGUUGCAGUUCUUGACACAAACCUGUGGCACCUACUACCAUACCCCAUUCAAAGGCACUUCAUUCUUUUGUCUUGCCCAUUCACCCUCUGAAUGGCACAUAUACACAAUCCAUGUCUCAAAUGUCUCAAGGCUUAAAAAUCCUUCUUUAACAUGUCUCCUCUCCUUCAGCUACACUGAUUGAAGUGGAUUUAACAAGUGACAUCAAUAAGGGAUCAUAGCUUUCACCUGGAUUCACCUGGUCAGUCUAUGUCAUGGAAUGAGCAGGUGUUCCUAAUGUUUUGUUCACUCAGUGUAUGUGUCCUUUAUAAGCCACAAGUGAGCCACAAGUGAGAGAGUAUAUUUCUCUUAACUACUUUUUACUCUUUAGUGCAUUCAAAAGGUCUGUACAGUAGUUCAGUGAAUCAUAAAAUAUUGACGUGUGUCCCCAUGACCCUCUGUUUCCCUCUGUCAGGGUUCAAGGCCGAGUGGCUAGCGGUGAAGGACGAGCACUUGUACGUGGGUGGCCUGGGGAAAGAGUGGACCACCACCACGGGGGAGGUAGUCAACAACAACCCAGAGUGGGUAAAGGUGGUGGGCCAUCGGGGUGACGUGCAGCACCAGAACUGGGUCCCCAAGUACAACCUCCUGAGGUCCGCAGCUGGGAUCGAACCUCCAGGUGAGAGCUGCAGGGUUGCAAAUGCUAACGUUAACUGCAAAAGCUAUGCUAACUGUGUUAACUCUAACUGUAUAUGCUAUCCAUGCAAACUAUUAGCAUUCUUUAUGAUAUUCAGAUUCUCAUGACAUUCUGUCCCCAGGUUACCUGAUCCACGAGUCGGCCGCGUGGAGCGACAGCCUGCAGCGCUGGUUCUUCCUCCCACGCCGCGCUAGCAAAGAGCGCUACGAUGAGACGGCCGACGAGCGCCGCGCCACCAACCUCGUCCUCAGCUGCUCGCCGGACUUCGAGGACGUCACCGUGAACCGGGUGGGCCCGCACAACCCCACGCACGGCUUCUCCUCCUUCAAGUUUGUCCCGAACACGGACGAUCAGAUCGUCGUGGCUCUCAAGUCGGAGGAGGACGCUGGGAAAAUCGCCUCGUACAUCAUGGCAUUCACACUGGACGGCCAGAUCCUGUUACCUGAAACCAAGAUAGGAGACGUGAAGUAUGAGGGUCUGGAGUUCAUUUAG